AUGUCGAUGCUACCGUAUAUGCUGCCGUCUGACUCUCAACGGCUCCCUCAAAGCCCUACCAGCGCUGCGUCGCAGACCCAUCUCCCUCUUCCACCUUCUGUGCCUAGACGGUCUCGAUCGACGGACUCCGUUCAUAAGUGGUUCGCCUCCAACUCGGCCUCGCCGCGUAUCUCGAGCCCAGCGGGGCCCUCUGCCACGGCGACCUCGGUCGAGACCCCUCGAUUAGCAGACUCGGGCAACACGGAAGUCAUAGCUCCCCGACCCAGGCAGGCGAAGCACUUCGACCUCGCCACCCGGAGACAACGCCUCCCGCGACGGCCCCACACGUCUGGAGGUUCUGAUCAGUCUCAGACAAAUCCCAUUCCUCGAGAACGGAGUCCUGUCUCAAUAUACCCCAUUUCGCCUGAUGCCUGGCCACGCAGGACUCCGGGUUCAUACCCGCAGGCUGGACGCGUUACGCCCGAACUCAGCCCCUCCACCACCCCGACGUCGGCCAGAACCCCCACGCCCACGUUGUCCUCGCCCUCUUCAUAUGCGACAGCAUCUUCAUCGCCCCCUCAACCCCUUCGACUCUCAAACUCUUCCCCGUCCGUCCUGCCGCCUGUAUCCCCAUCCCCCACGCGUGCACGCUCUAUGAGCGAUUUGCUGUACACCUACCAGAAUGGAAAGAGCAAGGAACGGGGCGAUGUGACAUCUUCGGGCCCGAACGCAGAUACGGCGGUGAACUGCACUCCCGUAUCAACUACAUACUCCACGCCGCAAAAGCCAACGGCAAAGGACAAGCGGAUACCAAAUCCGAGCAUUUGGGUGACACUGGACGAUCUUGUAGACAGGUUGCUCUUCCUCUCCAUCUCGGGCGACGACGCGGCGUAUUGUCGACAUUUUCUGCUGGUUUAUCGUCGUUUUGCGUGUCCCCGGAGCAUCCUGCUAGGCAUGCAACGGAGGAUGCGCUCCUUUGACGCCGACUGGAUGCGGAAUCCGCCGCUUGCGGGAUUUGGUCAGCAGAGGAUAUGUGCUGUUUUGCAAGACUGGAUGAAGCGAUAUCCUCACGAUUUCGCUGUUCCAGGCACAGAGGGUGCGCUCGAUGCACUCGUCAAGUCCGUAGCGCGAAAAACGCAUUUGCUGCACUUCGCGAUGUCCUUCCACGAAUUUCAGCAGUCGUUGCCCCGCCAGAUAGACACGGAUAUCAGCUGGGCAAAACGACCGGAUGAACUGCUGCCCGAUGACUCGGACGACUCGUAUAGCAUGUCAGACGAUGACGAUGCUCCGGAACAACCCUCGAGCAGUUCAUCCUGGGACGGGAUCAACGAUGCCGCGACGAGUUACAGUCACGUGAAGUCCCUCAGCAGUAUGGGGCGAUCAAGCGGGGAAUAUACCCGCCCUACGAGUAGGAUGCGCAAGUCAAGCUUACCAUUCACUGCGAUGGACUUGCCCCAAGUCUCGCAGGCCGACGUUCGCAAAUCCAAGCUCAAAGUGCUGCAUUCUGUCGCCGAAGAUCUACAGCAGUUCACCAACCAGGAAAUCGCGGAGGAGAUUACGCGUAUCUGUGUCAGACUGUUCCUCGGCAUCAACCCACGGCAUUGGCUCAAGUACACCUUCGAAGGCGCCCAGAAGUCGGCGGACACAUGUCCCGUGAUACGUUUCAAUCGAUUUGUGAACCGCCUCGGCGAUUGGGUUACUUCACUCAUACUUUGCCACGAUAAACCCCGCUCGCGGGCGCGUCAGAUGGAGAAGUUCGUCGAAGUCGCGUCUGCUCUACGAAGAAUGAACAACUACACCGGGUUGAGAGCCGUAAUCGCUGGUAUCAAUCUGGCGGCUGACGACGAAGAUCCCGCAAUGGAUGCGUUCAAGCAUCGCAGCCCUGAACUCUCAAAGCAAUUGCAGUCCUGGGACGUGCUACUGUCUACGUCUGGAAAUCAUAAAGCAUACAGACUCGCUCUCAAGAACACGCCAAGUGCAUGUGUCCCUGCGCUUGAAAUCCACCUGUCGGAUCUUCUCCGCUCCCAAGAGGGAAACAAGGACGUGCAUGAUGAAGACCCGCGUCUUAUCCACUGGGCAAAGUUCAACCUGAUUGCGAAGUGCAUCGAUACGGUGACUGAAUGUCAAGAUAAGUGCCGCAAAGCCGGGAAGGCCUAUGCUCCUCCCAUGCGAGCACGUCUCCAGGAACUCGUGCUCUGCGAUGAGCUCAUGGACGAAGAGAUGAAAGCGGCCAGGCGUGCAUAUUCCAGGGCACCUCCGGCAGCCCCCUUACAACACUACCACCACCUGGUCAAAUCUGGGACAUUGCGUAAGGAUGACCACCAGACCAGGAUCAUCCAGAAGUUGCAGAAGCUUCACGAUGAACUGGAGCAAUAUACACCACCACCACUGCCAGAAGCGCAGCAGAAGGCUUCUUGGAUAACCCGUCUGUUCCCCCGACAUUCAGCACCGGAGCCAUCCGAGCUACAACCGCCAGAAAAUGUGCCUAAAGGCUUAUACCUCUAUGGCGACGUUGGAACCGGCAAGACCAUGCUUAUGGAUUUAUUCUACAACACCCUUCCCCUAAAGAUCAAACGGAAACGCCGAGUUCAUUUCCAUGCGUUCAUGAUUGAUGUGCACAAACGCUUGCACGCCGCAAAAGCUGCAAUGGGCCACGCAGGGGGUGACCCCCUACCCCCUGUUGCGAGAGAUUUGGCAGAAGAUGCAUAUGUUCUGUGCUUUGACGAGUUCCAGGUGACUGACAUCGCGGACGCUAUGAUCCUUCGCCGACUAUUUGAGAGCCUGCUGAAUUAUGGGGUGGUCUGCGUAAUAACCUCCAACCGCCAUCCUGACGAAUUAUACAAGAACGGAAUUCAAAGGUCGAGCUUUGUUCCCUGCAUCGAGCUAUUGAAGACCCGUUUCGAUGUCACAGACCUGGACUCGGGAACUGACUAUCGUCGAAUACCUCGCGCUCUGUCGCACGUCUACUACCACCCUUUGAGUCCUGAGAACGAAGCUGAAGUGGAGAAGAUCUUCCGGUCCCUUGCUGAAUCCUCGCCAUCCGGUUCCAUCGUCCAGGACCGCAAACUUUCCACCUGGGGACGCACCAUCAACGUACCCGAGUCCUCUGAAGACGUUGCGAAGUUCACUUUUGACGAUCUCUGCGGAAAGCCAUUGAGCUCGUCCGACUAUCUUGAGAUCACAAAGACAUUCAAGACCGUGUUCGUACUCAACGUGCCGAAGAUGGAUCUUGGCAAGAAGGAUAUGGCUAGACGAUUCAUAACCUUCAUCGACGCUUGUUAUGAAAACAAGACGAGGUUGUUCGUCUCAUCGGAAGUCCCCAUUACGCAGGUCUUCUCUGACGAGAAAGCUGGGGCAUCCAGCGAUAUAUCCGACCAUAUGCGCAGCGUGAUGGAUGAUCUUGGCCUCUCGGUUGAUCAAGUCGGUACAAGCUCCAUGUUCACUGGUGAUGAAGAGAUCUUCGCCUUCGCGCGUUGCUGUUCUCGCUUGGUCCAGAUGGGUACGCGCGAGUGGGCCGAGUCCGCAGGAGAGCGAUAA